AUGACUACUCAAUUUCCAAAAGAUUCUAUAAUUGAUGAUUUAAAAUCACUUGUAAAAGAACCUGAUGAGACCGUAACGGAAAAUUACAUUGUUGAUUUUUUAAAUUCACGAUUUACAGAAUUAGAAGACUUGGAAAACAUUAAUUCCAUAUUAGAUGUUUUAAAUGAUGAACAUCAAGUUUUGAAUGAAAAGUUUAUUCAAAUACAUAGUGAAACAUCAGAAACUUUAAAAUAUUCCCUUUCCUCGUUUAAUGCCACAGUAACAGAACUUGAAAACCUUCAAUCCACAAGAUUGGAAUUGGGUGAUUGGCUGGCAUCCCAAUUCGAAAUAUUUGAUAAUGGACAUUUUGGUUCAAAAAAAAAAGAUGAUUUGUUGGAUGAAUUAAUCAAACUACAACGUCAAGUUUAUGGAUUAGGAAAAUCCAAAAAAUACAUGAAAAUAUUGGUAAUAGCUGAUGAAUUGAGCAAUCAAGCAAAACAAUUGGUCGAAAAGUCUCCACAAAAAGCACUUGUACCUUACACUCAACUUAUGCAACUUGCACAUAAGAUUAAAUAUAAAAAUGAACAAGUGGGUUACUCAAUAAAAAAUUUAGAUGCUUUUUUGCAACAAAGUGUUGAUGCUUUAUGGGAUGAUAUGAAGAGUAGAUUAUCAAAAAAAUUUCAACAAACACUUGAUUCACUUAACUGGCCUACUCCAAUAAAUUUAUUAUCUGAUAAUUCAAUCACCUCUGAUAAUUUAUCAGCAUUUACCAAUGCUUUUACAGAUUUACUUAUAUUACAACAACCAAUUGAGUCGAUGACUGAUUCAAAGUAUUUAGAGCCAGGCUCUUCUUCUUCUAAAGAAAACAGCAACAGUAACAAUAAUAGUAAGGCAGAAGGACCUCCACCUCUUAUACCAAUUCAAAUAAUGGUUGAUCCUUUGAAAGUGAAAUUUAAUUUUCAUUUUAAUUCCAGAAGAGCAACAAAUCGAAUUGAUAAGCCAGAAUGGUACUUUACAUACAUUUUAACUGCUAUCCGUGAACAUUCACCAUUUUUACAAGAAGUUGUUCAACCAAUCUUGGAUAAAGCAAAUUUUCAAAAAUACCAUGCUAAAUUUAUAUGUUCUUUACUUGUUGUAGUUACAAACAAAUUAACUCUUAGUAUGCCCACAUUACUAAAUUCACCACAAGUAUUCUCACACACAGUGUUUGAAACAUUACAACUUGAUCAAACUCUUCGUGAAUUACAUAUGUAUGUUCCACCAGGGAAAAAAGAAUGGAAGGGAUGUGUUGAUGUUUUCACAGGAAAAAAAGAAUGGUUUAAAGCAUGGCUCAAAGUUGAAAAAAGCUUUGCUGAGGCUCGUUAUGAUGAGAUAAUGCAUUCUGAAGAUGCAUGGGAAAUAGAGGAUGAAGAUGGGGCGGAAGAUGAAUUUAAGCCUACAAAGUCUGCAAAAAAAUUGAUGAAUUUAUUGGAAUUAGUUACAAGUCGUUAUAAAUUGUUGCCUUUGUUUCAUAACCGUAUACGAUUUCUUGUUGAUAUUCAAGCUGAAUUAUUAAUAUCGUAUGCACAUAGGAUUGAUUCUGCUGUUGAUGCAUUUGAAAAUUUGGGGUAUUCGUUUGUAAGGGCUGUUCCUAACACUUCUAGCACUGAAGGAAAGUUUACUAGUAGUAUUGAAGGCUUGAAAAGGUUAUGUAGGUGGUUGAAUAGUGCUGGAUACGUAAGCCGAACAAUUAAAGAAUGGGGUGAAGAUGCGUUUUUUCUUGAAUUAUGGCAUGAAGUGACAGUACGUGCAGCACGAGAUACUGGCACAUCUCCAUUAUCCUCGCCAACAUUUCCUGAUGGUAUUACUGAUAAAUCAUCUGCAAACAAAGUAGAAGUACAAAUAACUGUUGAUGAAGGAACUGUUUUUGAUGAUCCGGCUGGCUUAUUUGAUCAUUCUUUUGAAAGAAUUCAAGCAAUAAUAGUAAAAAAUGUUUCCAAAGAAUUUUUGAAUGGAUUGAAAGUUUAUAGUAAAAACAGUAAUAAUAAUAGCAAUACUGUUCUUCUUGAAUUAUCACCGGAUCUUUAUGCCCCUCUUUCUGAUCUUGCACAAUCAUUUAACUUUUUAUCGAAUAAUCUACCAACAAGAAUUUUCAAAUUAAUAUUCAAAGAAGUUUCUGAGGAAUUGCAGGGUUACAUUUGGGAUCGUAUUCUUAUGCGAAACCAAUUUUCUGAAAUGGGCGGAUUCCAAUUUAAAGCUGAUAUGGAAAAGGGAUUAUUCUUUAUUGGGAAAAGAUGGGUGAAAAAACCAGAAAAUUAUUUCAAGAGGAUAAAAGAAGCUUGUAUUUUGUUGACCCUUCCAUCUAAAAAGAAUAUUAAGCCGACAGUUAAUCAUGAUAACAAUGAUGAAGACAAAAGAUCAAAACAAAACUCAUUGUCAUAUGUGACUUCAAUACUUUAUAAUGAAGAAGUAGAACCUAUAGAGAUAACUAGAAUGUUGGAAAAUCUAGGUAUUCAUCAUCUGUCAGCUAAAGAAGCAAAGGAUAUUGUUGAAAGAAGAAUUGAAUGUUGGAAAUAA